GCGGAGGAGCGGGUCGCGGGCGGUGGGAGCCGAGGGGGAUCAUGCUCCGGGCGCUGGGCGGCCUGGGCCUCCUGGGCGCGCGGCCCGCGUGCCGGCCUCCAGCCCUGCUGCUGCUGCCCGCGCGCGGCCGCAAGACCCGCCACGACCCGCCGGCCAAGUCCAAGAUCGGGCGCUUGACGACCCCGCCCGCGGUGGACCCUGCGGAGUGCUACGUGCUGAUGGAGCGUUACCGGCAGUACCGCCAGGCCGUGCGCGCGCUCAGGCUGGAGUUCGUGGCCGAGGUGCGGCGGAAGGUGCACGAGGCCCGGGCCGGGGUCCUGGCGGAGCGCAAGGCGCGGGAGGACGCCGCCGAGCACCGGGAGCUGAUGGCCUGGAACCAGGCGGAGAACCGGCGGCUGCACGAGCUGCGGAUAGCGAGGCUGCGGCGGGAGGCGCAGGAGCGGGAGCAGCGGCAGGCGGAGGAGGAGGCCCGCCAGGCCCAGGAGGCGCAGGCCUGGGCGCAGCUCAAGGAGCUCGAAGUGCUGCAGCUGCAGGAAGAAGCGAAAAACUUCAUCACCCGCGAGAACCUGGAGGCACGGGUGGAGGAGGCGCUGGACUCCCCGAAGAGCUACAACUGGGCCGUCACCAGGGAGGGGCUGGUGGUCCGGCCGCAGCACAGGGGCUCCUAGAGUCCAGUGAGGACAUGCAGCCCCGGCUUUCCGGCUUCCGCGCGUGCCGCUCGGCCAGGUCUAACGCGGUGCCCUGUCCUGCCGGAACAAUCUCAGGAUAGCCCCAGACCCUGCCGUGGUCAGAACGGGCCACCGCCCAUCCCGAGGAGCCUCGAGGCCAGUGGUUGGCAAAGUACAGUCCGCAGCCAAAUGUGGCCUGCUGCCUGUUUUUGUAAAUAAAGUUUUAUUGGAACACGG